AGACAGACUCUCUAUAAACAUGUGAUUGUGCGAGACAAACUGCAGCCGGAACUACUGGAAGCGGCUAGCGCUCCAGCGGGACUCUCAAUGUGGUUACACCGCGCGCCCGGUCUCCAUGGUAACCGUAGAAGGGCGGGUCCUGGCAGUUUGCGGUUGCGCGCUGGGUCUGUUUCCAUGUCUCCAUAGUAACGGCACGCCGUGUGCGGGAUUUCAAGAUGCGGCUGACGCGGUUUUUGCUCCGGUAUUAUCCGCCAGGUAAGAGGAUCACAACAAAACCGGCACUCACCGCAGCUCACAUACCGGUCUAUACCGCAGGGGUUAAUGCAUGACAUCCCCUGGGUAUCGGUACCAUACGGCAACGGUGCGGGUGGGAGAGACCCGGUAGUCAUCAGCUAAUAGGACAUUGAACGUUAGGGGUUCAGGACUGGGGGACGGUUAGGGUUAGUGGAUUCAUUAUUUGGGGUACAGUUAGGGUUAGGGGUUCAGGAUUGGGUGACAGGGUUAGGAGUCGAGGAUUGGGGGACAGUUAGGGUGAGGUGUUCAGAACUGGGGGACAGUUGGGGUUAGGGAUUCAGGACUGGGGGACAGUUGGGGUUAGGGAUUCAGGACUGGGGGACAGUUGGGGUUAGGGAUUCAGAACUGGGGGCCAGUUGGGGUUAGGGAUUCAGGACUGGGGGACAGUUGGGGUUAGGGAUUCAGGACUUGGGGACAGUUGGGGUUAGGGAUUCAGGACUGGGGGACAGUUGGGGUUAGGGAUUCAGGACUUGGGGACAGUUGGGGUUAGGGAUUCAGGACUGGGGGGUCAGUUAGGGUUAGGGAUUCAGUAUUGGGGGACAUUUGGGGUGAGAUGUUAAGAAUUGGGGAACAGUUAGGGUCAGUGGAUAAGGGAUUGGGGGCCAGUUUGGGUUAGGGAUCCAGAACUGGGGGGCCAAUUGGUGUUAGGGGUUCAGGUACAAUUAGUGUUUAAUUAGGAGUACAGUUAGUUUUAGGGUUAGUUAAGUGCAGGGAUUACGAGUACACCUAGGGUUAAGUAUAUGGUACCGUUUGGGUUGGGGCUUCUCUUGGGGUUUACACUAUUGUUUGGACAACCGAUACAGUUGGAGUUAUCAUUAGGUAGACAGUUAGAGUUAGGACAAGGGGUAUUGUUAGGGUUAAUGAUUAAUUAUUAUAUAAGUAGCUUUUUUUUUUAAAGUAAAGAUUAUUUUAUCUGGGUACAUCUCUGUCCAGCUGGUUUAAAAGCAUCACACAACUCCUAGUGAGCACCUGCACAUUAUAAAUUGUUGGAUAUUCCCAGCAUCAUUUAGUUUGCAAGGUUCCAUUUCUCAAAGCCAUGGUAGAGGGGAAUGAAGUGGCCUUGAAGCGAGGGUAUCUUGUUAUAACAUUUUUCUAAAAUAUUUUCCAAUCUCUUCAUAGAUAAAAUAUACUGUAUAUGUAGAAUGAUGAUUAAGUAUAUAGGUACUAAAAUGUGCCUUGUGAUUUUACUGCACAUUCCCAGGAUUUGCAGCUUCUGCACGAAGCUGUCACUAACAUACAAAAUUAAGCCCUGUGCUCAAACUCCCACUACUCAUGUAGAAAAGCAAAGACUAUAGUACACAUCAGGCUCAAUACAUACAAGAAAAACCACAACAAGUUACUUCUGCACUAUCUCAAAUCCCUAUGCACAUUUUAAAUACAGUGGGACUUUGGUUUACAAAUGCCUCGGUUAACAUAAUUUUCGGUUUAGAAAUAAAAAUCCAUUGAAAAUAAUGCCUCGGUUUACAAAUUUGUUUCGCAAUACAAAGCAAGUUUUCCCAGGAUACAUUGCACCUGGGAGGUUUAUAGCACCGCCCCCUGCAUGCUGGAGCCUGUGGGUAGCACGUGGCGUCAAGUGUGGAGGUGUUGCUAACCUGCCACGUCAAAGGCAAAACCUCGUAGGUGAGUCCUACACUAACAAUUCACCUUGCUUUGUUCAGCUACAAGGUAAAAUCUCUAACGAGACAGAGAGGGGUAUAUUUUUUUUAUCCCCUACACACGUAUUAACCCUUAAUAGGAACACAUGGGGUCAAAGUAAGAUCGCUGUGUAAUACAAAAGCAAAUACUAACAUACAAAGUAAAGCCCUGUGCUCAAACAUCCACUAGUCAUGGUAUCUCCCACUACUCAGGAAGCUCUCACUAGACUAGGAAGCAAUUGAAAUGUCUCCGUAAGUUUUCAUGGGAGCCUUACGCUUAUACCAUAAAUCUCUGCUACAGGUUAGUUUAUGCAGCAGAGGAACUACCGCUGGUGUGGCUGCACCGGGCACCACACACUCAGGGGGGCAGCUAAUGGAAAAUUCAGGGACUCAGUCAUGCGCUAUGGCCAUUUAACAGCAAGACCGGGCCCCUGUAAUCUCGGCAAUACUGGGAGGAAGUAAAGGCUGGUCACUUCCUCCCAGAUAACACAGAGCUGUGGCGGAGGAAAAGGCAGAGAUGAGGGGGCAUUGAGCGGGAGAGACUCUGACUCCCAACAGCCUCAGGCAGCUGACUAAACCCUACAAAUCCAUCCUCCUGCACCCAAAAGGUACUAAACAGGAGGGUAGCUUAUUUUGCAUGUGUGUCUGUAUGUGAAUUUUUAGUGUGCCUGCACGUAUGUUAAUGCAGUGGUUUUAUACCCUGGGUCUGAACCCAUAAUCUGUUCCAAUCACAGUCAUCAGACAUCUGCAGAUGUGAGUUGUUAUAUUGUAGUGGCAUCAUUCUAUUUAGUGCAGGAAAGUGGUUUUUUUUUUUUUCCUCAAAACAAAUUUUAAAGGGACACUCCAGGCCCCCAGACCACUUCUGCCCAUUGGAGUGGUCUAGGUGCCAACUCCCACCACCCUUAACCCUGCAAGUGUAAUUAUUGCAGUUUUUAUAAACUGCAAUAAUUACCUUGCAGGUUUAAAGGACCACUAUAGUCACCCAGACCACUUCAGCUCAAUUAAGUGAUCUGGGUGUCAGGUACCUCUAGUUUUAACCCUGCAGCUGAAACUGCUAUGUUUCACUGAGGGUUAAUCCAGCCUCUAGUGGCUGUCUCACUGACAGCCGCUAGAGGCGCUUCCGCGAUUCUCACGGUGAAAAUCACUGUGAGAAGACGGUUGAUGUCCAUAGGAAAGCAUUGAGUAAUGCUUUCCUAUGGGCGGUUUGAAUGCGCGCGUGGCUUUUGCCGCUCAUGCGGAUCUGACAUCGGCAAGGGGUGGAGAGUUCCCCAGCACAGAGGGAGCCCGGUGCUGGAGAAAGGUAAGUGGCUGAAGGGGUUUUAACCCCUUUAGCCCAUGGGUGGGGUGGCCCUAAUGACCCUAUAGUGCCAGGAAAACGAGUUUGUUUUUCUGGCACUAUAUAUAGGUCCUUUAAGUCCUCUGAUAGACAGUCACUAGAGGGACUUUCGUGUUCUUAGAACACGAAAAGUGUUUUAAAAACGACGCUGGACGUCCUCACGCUAUGCAUGAGGACCUCCAGCAUCGCCGAAAUCCCCAUAGGAAAGCAUUGAAUAAUUCUUUCCUGUGGGGAGGUCUAAUGCACGCGUGUGGCCAUUGCCGCGCAUGUGCAUUAGGUCUCCCUCGCCGGCUGACGUCAGGCAUUAAGACUAUAGUGUUAGGAAUGCAGAUAUGUAUUCCUAAUGCUCCAGGGUCCUUUUCAUUUAGGAAUACCCACGGCAGUCAAGUUGACAGCCAGGAAGAUUUCCUGGUUCACUCCGUGUGAACUAUUGUUCAAGGGGAAGUAACAAUCUCGAGUUUUCACAGAAAAGCAUUUUACCGAGUUAUUGCUGCAUUUGUGGCAGUUGCUCUGAAUGUGCCAAUUUCAUCCAGAGAGGAAGAGGACACUUGUCAUUGACCGUUUUCUGGGGCUGGCACAGUGUAGUAAUGAGAGAGGACUCACCGAUGGUGAAAAAAUUUAUUAUUAUUAAAAUGCAUUUUUCAAACAUAUGUGCAUGGAGUGGGGGCGUAUGAUGUUACAAGAGUUAAAGGAACAUUCUAGACAUUAAAAUAGAACAUUGUUUUCCUUUAAACACAAACAUUGUGUUGCCUUAAACACAAAGACAAAUCAUAAUCAGGGUUAUUUACUAAAGAAAGAGUUGUCUGGAAUUCAACGUGAACGUUGCGUUUAAGUCCAAAAUAACUUUGAACAGCAACACUGGAUCUCCAAAGGGAAUGAACAUCCAGACUCGAGCAAUUAAGUAAAAGUUCAUAUUUUUUUUUCAUCUGAUAAUAAAUUUGUCCGAACGGCAUAGUGACAAUAGCCAGUGUCAGUUUUGCUGCCGGUUUGAUUAUUUUGACCUUAAAUUUGAAAUUAACUUUGAACUCCUCAAAAAAAUCAAAUUUUUGUAAAUAACCCUGCAUGAAUAUUAUUAUACAACAAAACAAGAUUUAAGGAACAAGCAAAGUCUAUGAACUCCCAAUUUAUUACUUGUUUGUGUUUGAUUAGAGUCUCCCAAAAUGUGUUGUUAUUUUUUUUUCUUCCAAAAACUGCAGGCCACAAAGUACCCAUAUUUAAAAAGUCUGUGUCAUUAAAGGAUUACUCCAACCACCAUGACCACUUCUGCCAUUAGAAGUUGUCUCUGUGGUAGGAAGCUGUAUGUGUAAUGUUUCUGCACUUUUGUGCCAGGGCUAGAUGUACCCUCGGCAUAUGUGACUUAAUGUGCAAUUCUGUGCAGAAAUUAUGUAUGUCGUCUGAGCACACUGGGUGCUGGCCACAGACGUUUUCAGCUUAUUCUCUUGUUUGCAGCGCUGGGAGCUCAUCUGAAUGAGGAUGCUUGAUUUCGCUUCCAUGCCUCCCUAUAUGUACAGUUAUAAUUAUUUAUUUUUGUAAUAAUCCCCUUCCUCCCCUGUCCAUCCCAUCCCCUCACUGUCUCAGAGCACACACAAAGCUGGGGAAACGGCCCAAUCAAAUGCUCCGCUAUGAGAAGCAUUUGAUUGGAUCGCACGAGGGAGGUAGUGUUGUCAGAUGGGGUGCUUCGCCUUGCAUUGGAUUAAAGGUAAGGUGUGUGUUUGUUUUUUUUGUUUUUUUAUUCUUUGGUUUUAAUUUUAUAACAAUGUGCUGAGUGUUCUUAUGUUUAUAAGCUUAUACAGAUACUUUUGUUUAUUCCAGUGGUUUCUAAUACCGUCAUCAUGACCCAGCAACAGACCAGGUUUUGUCAAUAUCUUCAAUGGAAUAAAAAAGGGAAAUACAUAAUCCUGGAUUGUUGGUGGGCCAUGGGGACUGGUUUUGCAACCACUGGUUCAUUCCAAUAAUUUGCUGGCAGCUAAGAUUUUAAAAUAUAUUUGAUAACAUUUUUUAUUUAUUUCUCUUGUUCCAGGUAUAAUUUUAGAGUAUGAAAAGGGAGGAGACCUGAAGACCAAGUCAAUUGAUUUACUCGAACUAUCUCCCAUGUAAGUCACCAUUAUAUAUGUGCCUUUGUAGACAUCUUGUGGAAUUUCUGUAAAAAUGUAAAUCAUGGGGUUAUAUAUAAAAAGCAACUGUGGUGCACUAUACUGAAAGUGGAGCACUGACAUUAUAUCACUUUGCAUUGCGAAUGUUACACCUAUUAAAAGGUGGAGAGCUUUGGAGACUGCUAUGAUUAAAUUAUGUACCAUUUUGCUUUCUAAACUCAUUUCAAAGUACAAUGUCUAGUUAUAUAGUUCAGUACUAGCAGCAGUUUCAUUCUCAAGCAGUGGAGAGAAGCCUGCUGCUGUAUGUACCAGCUUUCCAAUAAUCAGCUGUAUUUAUCAGCUUUCCAAUUGUCCCAGGUUCAGCAGGACCAGCCCAAAUUCAGUUCUCUCCUGUUGUCAUGCUAUGUUUCCUGAAGCCGCACAUCUUGGUGUGGGCAUGGGACCACCGAGCCUAAUGUGUACCUAUUACCUACCUGCCACAUAGAGGGUGGUGGAAGGUGUAGGGCUAGUCACUGGAUGCCUACCAAGUUAUUAUUACCUUCUUCUUUUUGUUGGGUAUCUCUUGUUAAUUGGGGGGACUUUGAUGUUUUUGGAGGAGAACCUUCCUCUUUCCAAUCAAAGCAAGAGGAAGAUCCUCCAGAGCGUACUUUCAAUUAUUAGAUCCCCUGUUUUCUAAAUCUUGUAAAUUAGUCUUUAACAAGCCUCUUGUUGUUUGUAGGACUAAUGUAGACUCUCUAGUAUCGGAAAUCCAGAGAGCUGAGCCACUGAUCACAGUCUCAAGGACCCAGCAAGUAAAACAGCUCAUCCUGAGGCUUCAGGAAAAAAUUGCAAAGCAGGAUCACCACAAGUUUUAUCUCUUCAAGGUCAGUGAUAUGUUAUGUACUCACAUCCUCCAUUGAUAAGCCUGGGUGCCUCUUACCUCUCUCUCGCUCUUUGUUUUUCUAUAGAGUGCUCAUGGCCUUUAUUAGUAGGAUGUACAGAGUUUAGAGUUAUAAUGUUUUAUUGCUCACCUGUUAAUUCGUCUCAUAAGCCAGCAUGGUUAUAACUGUGGACCAUGGAAAGGCAUAGUUGGAGUUCUACAACAACUUUAACCUUUUGACCAACUUUGCCAUUGAGCCUUAUAGACCAUACUGGGAGCCAGCAUAUCUGGAAAUAACUAGUGGUGUUAUAAUAUUACCGUGUAUUUAAAGCAGGUGCUGAAUGCUUGAUACCAUGUUAAGCGUUUAUCCAAUAAAUGAUUAAUAUUCUAAUUAUUGGGUUCAUUGAUGUCACAACCACACGUAUUAUUAGCUCCCUCACAAAUAAAUUCUACUUAAUCACUUUGUCAUUCACUCUCCCACACAAAGUACAUGGUCAGCACUGAUAUACAGUCUACUUUACUAGUGAUAAAUUAAGCUUAGGGCUAGUUCUAGUAUCUUGUAAGGAAACUGAAGGCACUCAGAUAUCUUUAUUUAUUUUUUAAUAUUGAUUUGUUACAGAAAUUAUACCAAGGCAUUUUAAUCAAGUAUUAAAAAAAAUUGAUUUAAAAGCCACGCAUUCCCUUUCUUGUGAUGUUUUCUGUAGUACCUAUAUUUGCACAGUAGAAGGCUCUGUUGUUCUUCUGUAAAUUCCAACAAACUGCAUUCAGUUAUAAUAUCUAUAUCAAUAGUUUUUUUUUUUUUGUCUAAUAAUGUGUUAAUUGGUUAAAUUGCCAGAUAGUAACUCUCUGGUUCCGCAUGUGACCCUUCAGAACUUCUAGGUCAGAUGGUCCUAAAGUAAAUAUCUAGGAUUUUAAAGGGUCAUUGGUUCCAUAGCUCAUUAGUGUCUUGUAAUUAAUCAGUGAAUCAUCUGUGGCCUAAAUGACAGCGACAGCUGUAACAUGAUCACAUGUACUGCUAGACUUUGUAUAAUCUUAUACAACUGGUUAUUAUUAUUAUUAUUGCCAUUUAUAUAGUGCCAACGGAUUCCGUAGCGCUUUACAAUAUUUUGAGAGGGGGGGUGUAACAAUAAAUAGGACAAUUACAAGAAAACUUACAGGAACAAUAGGUUGAAGAGGACCCUGCUCAAACGAGCUUACAGACUAUUGGAUUAGACUUGUUAUUGUGUUAAAUACCUAUAAGUAAAGAACUUGGCAUCUCCGUUUGUAAUAGUGGAGAAAAAGACUUUGCUGUGGUUUAGAGAUGAAAGCUAAUUAUCUCACUAAGCAGCAGGGAUAGAAAAACAUGUAUUGUUCUGAUAUAUCUUGGAUUGUCAGGUUUGUCACUUCACUAUAUUUUUUUCUUUUACAUUUUACAUUUACAUUUUUUAAAAACACUUAUGAAUUCUCCAGUCUGACAGGCAAUUGUUGAGUUUGCUGCCCGACAGUGUGUGGGAUUGAUGAACUCCCUGUGUCAGAUCAGUUGACGGAUCAUAGCCAGGAUCAUUUUUUUUUUUCUCAUUUUUAUCGAGAAAAAUGUGCCAUUAAAUUGAAUCUUGCUGGAAUACUAAACAAGAAAUCCCCAAUGGUCUGGUUAAUUCUAGGUUUUCAGAAGCCAUGGAAAAUAAAGUAUCUGUUUAAAAGACCAGUAAAAAAAUUUCACGUAAUGCCUUCAUGGUUCUUUAGGAAGUGAGGGGGUAAAUCAAAUUUUCUCUCUACGAAGUGGCUAUUAUUACCAAUUUGCUUCUGUUGUGCAGAAGGACUUUAAUCUACCACUCGAUAUCUGCUUUAAUGUUUCUGGUUACAGUAGUGGAAAUAUGUGAAACGUAAGAGAUUAAUCACAAUAGCAACACUUCCAGUGUUGAAUUAUUAAUUACACUAAUAAUGUGAUGUAGAGUGGGAGCACAGCUGGUCCUGCGUAUUAUCAUUUGUACACUCAGAGCCGAGUUUACAUAUUUAAAAGGUCACUCCAACCUGUCUUUAUAAUCUUGUUAUUUUAAGUCAUAAUGUCCUAUUGGGCAUUCUUCUUUAGGCCCCUCUCUUUAACCCUAAAAUAACUAAUAAAAAUAACAUUUCUGAAAUCCAGAGCUGGGCAAAGCUCCUAGCGCUGCCCUUAAUUCCCAUCUGAUGUCACCGUAGCCGUUGUGAAGCCCAAUCAAGUGCUCCUCAUAGAGAAACAUUUGAUUGGACUGGCUCAGAUUUAUUCUUUGCACAGAAUAGAUAUUAGGCAGAUUGUAACUCUAAGUCACCUGUGCUGGUAGGGCAAGUAACCUUCGGAUUUAUGUCAGUAAGUUCUUCUGCAGUUACUUUCACAAUGUCUUCACUUUUCUUUCAAUUUAAUCUGUAAUGUUUUGGAUUCCAAUGCUUUUUUUGAUCCAUAUACUACUCCUCUCAAACUAUGCUGCUCUCCUGCUCAACCUCAUUAAAAAAAGAGAAAAUGGGAGGGUACUUUGGGGUCAUUUAUAUGCACAUCUUCAUGUUGAUUGGAUGAUUUUUAUUUAAUUUAUUUUUUAUUUAUUUUUUUACUAGUUGCAUUAACUGUUUUUUUUGCUGAUGGAAGUUUCAGUAAAGAAGGUAAUGCAGCUAUUAGCCUCCUGUCUUUAAUACAAUUUUGAUUAUUCAUUCACUAAGACUAGAAUAAUCACAGCUGGACAUGUAGUGAAGGAAGAUAAAAUAUUUGCCAUUAUGCGAAUGAUUAACAUCUAUGUAGCAAUGUAUACCCAUGGAUAAAAUUUACAUAAAUUUAUAUGCUUUUUCUUAAUUUCAGGUUCUGCGAGCACACAUACUACCUCUCACAAAUGUGGCAUUUAAUAAAUCUGGCUCAAGGUAAGAAAGCAUGAUAUUUCAAAUUAUUACUAAUGCUGUGAUGUGUACACCACCUGUGGUCUUCCAUUAGUUUAAUAUCAAACCAUGUAUGAAUAGUUUGAUAUGAACCAGGCCUCUUCCCAGCCCCAAAGGACACAUUUUUGCAGUUUUUGUGGCGACUUUAGAGCAGACCAAAUAGAAGAGUUGGAAAAAAAAAUCUCAAUCUCAGCUGGAAUUAAUAUGUAUCUAACUUUAAUAUUAUAACCUGAAUUCUGCAAAUCUGUUCUCACAAAACAUUUCCUUGUGAGUAGUCCCCAUAGAAUACCCUUUUUUUGCUGUGUUGCUGGUGAGAAAAUAAUAAUAAUAAUAAUAGCCGUGGCAUUUGACAUUAUGUUGCUGACGGUAUUUUGUUUUGCUGUGAUAACCGUGAUUUGUUACUUCUUCUUAGCUUCAUUACAGGAAGCUAUGAUCGUACCUGCAAAGUAUGGGACACUGCAUCUGGAGAGGAACUUCACACCUUGGAGGGACAUCGAAAUGUGGUCUAUGCCAUUCAGUUUAAUAAUCCUUAUGGGUGAGGACACUUUAAAAAUCUAAUGUCACUGUUUAUAGAAAUGUAACUAUUCGUCAUAUCACCACACACAUACAGAGUCAUGCUUAAGUCUCUCUAUCAAAUUAAUUUCAAUCAGCAAUAUAUUACAAUAAAUUGACCAUGUCUGUAUAGAGCUAAUUUUCCUAGGCAUGUAGCAAUGUGAAUUAUGUCUGUAUAACAAAUACAGAUAUACUUUGCAGAAAAUGUCAUGUAUUUGUAGGAUAUCUCCUUGCAAAAUUCAGACUCUUGGGGUAGGAAUAAAACUCCACUCUACAUUAAAGAUAAAUUGUAUUUGUGAGAAGGCUUUUGAAAAGACGUAAUAGAAGAUGCAUACUAAUAUGUUAAGCCAGGAAUAUGAAAACCAUUUGAUAGAGAGAGAGCUGGACAUAACAUAAUUGCUUUAAAUGACACAUAUGUAAAAUAUCAAAUAUGGUAGAAAGCCAUAGUCAGAUGGCCGAUCCCUGUCAAAUAACCCACAUAGUCAGCCUAUUCCUUUGCUUGGGGAGAGCUUUGUAGUGUGGGAUAUGGUGAGUACCAUAAUGGGAUGCGCCUUGCUGCCUCAAUACAUUUCCGCUCCAGCCUGAGGAGUUAAAAGGUUCCAGCACCCAAUGCCCACUGACCUCGCUCCUUGGGAUCAGGUCAUAGUCCCAAGGAAAGGUCUCAUAAAGCAGUGGACCUCCCGAGUGUGCUGAUGGUGUUUGGGUGUAAGAUUACUUGUGGCUCCCUGUCCAGCUAAAGAGUAGCGAACCGAGGCUCUACAAACUAGAACUGGCUUGGCAUGGGGUGUAUGAGAGAGCUAGUUGUUGUAGUUGAUCUCUGAGGAGCUUCCAGAAUCUAAUGCAGAGGUUAUCAAAUGCCAUAUGGAUUAAAUUUUCCUGUUACUGAAUAGUCUCAACCUCCAUUACUUGUGCAGAAUCACAAAUGGUAAGGAGGAGAUGCAGUUAUAGAAUAAUUGAUUAUGGUGCGAGAGUGGAGGGGAAACACUCAAUGGGAUAAAGGGAAACUUGUAGACAAUGAGGGAAAAGUAGAAGAAGAGCAACACGUGUUUUGUUUGUAGACACUUUUAUAGGUCUGUUACUUGAUUUCUGCAGCAGACUGCGCACUCACAAAGUUAGUCUGUGUGAAUUGUCAGAAAUUAAAAGUUUAGUUCAAAUUGUAGGCUAAAAUUGACCUUGAAAAACUCUCCAGCUCGUCUAUUGGAACAAUCCUUGAAUAUGUCAGCUAUGUUUACUGUUUGGCUAUUUUAAACUAAAAUGUCAAAUUCACAGUUUAGUGAAAUACCCUGUGAGGCUCGAUUAUGUUCACCUUCACUGGUCAGAUCUGGUUUAGAUCUCCACUCUGCCUAGAAGUGUAGAAUAAGUGAUAAUAAAUUAGAUUUCACUUGAGUUUUAUCUGUGACAGUAAAACCGUUAAUGGUAGCAUCUCUCUAAGUGUAUUCUCUUUCUGUGUCUUUCUCUUUUGCCAACGCAUUUUUCUUUCUGUCCCACAGAGAUAAAAUUGCCACUGGAUCGUUUGAUAAAACUUGCAAGUUAUGGAGUGCUGAGACAGGAACGUGUUAUCAUACCUUCCGAGGCCAUACUGCAGAAAUAGUGAGUGCUUACUAAAUAGUAAACUACAAAUGGUUGCAUAUUAUAUUCCUCUGUGAAGUAUAUCAGACCGUAAGGCCCAUAGAAUACAUGCAACCUCUGUUAUUCAGUGCUAACUUAGACUAACUUGUGUACCAAGUAGUAUUGGGUUACAGUGAUUAUGGUGCUUGGAUUGUUCCUUCAAAACUUGAUAGUGAAUGCAGUGAAUCUCAGGGGGAUGAAUGAAAGUGACUGAAUUUACUAUCACAAAUUUGUCACUUAGUGAAAAUAUCCCAAUGCCCGGUAAGGACCCCGAUGCCUUAUAAAGAGAGGGUAGUGGUGGGAGCUAAGAAGUGCUAUGUACUCCACAGACCUAAUACACUUUAGGUCAUUUCAAUUGCAGAUUUGCAGAUUUGGAAAGUGAUUUCUAUUUGAAAUUGGCUCUUUUUAUAAAUAAUUUCAGAAAUAUUUUAAUGGCAGUCAAUUAGACAGCCAAGGAGAUGAUUGUCUUCCUGAUUCCUUUAGCUCCACAGAAUUAACAGAAGUGGCAUGUGCUCAGUUUACCUCUGUGUACUUGAGUUCUCCCUGCAACCUCCCUGGCUCUCUACUGCAGAUUAAAGGGACACUGUAGGCACCCAGACCACUUCUGCUCAUUUUAGUGGUCUGGCUGCAUUGCCCCUCUCCCUUUAGCCCUGUUGUCAAAACACUGCGGUUUUGGAGAAACCGCAGUGUUUUGAUUACAGGGUUAUCCUCGCCUCUAGUUGCUGUCUCUCAGACAGCAGCUAGAUGGUGUUUCCGGAUUCUUACAGCACCGAAAAGAGUUUUAAAUGAUGUUCGACGUCCCCACGCUCUGCAUGAGGAUGUCGAGCGUCGCUGGAAUCCCCAUAGGAAAGCAUUGAAUAAUGCUUUCCUAUGGGGAGGUCUAAUGCAUGCGCGCGAGGCCAUUGCCGCGCAUGCGCAUUUGGUCUCCUCUGACAGCAGGCGGCGGGGGAGGAACAUGGGCGGAGCUGAGCCAGCGCCGAGGGACAUUGGCGCUGGACCCAGGUAAGUGACUGAAGGGGUUAUUAACCCCUUCAGUGCCAUGGGAGGGGGCCUUGACAGUAGGGGAAGCUACAGUGCAGUUUGUUUUCCUGGCACUAUAGUUUCCCUUUAAAAUCAGAGGCUUCUCAAUGAGUGCUUUCAAGGGGAGAGCUUGCUAAGACUGUAGACAAGAGAUCUUCAACUUAAGCUGGUUUUAGAUACACACCCAAUGAAAAAAUUCACAAUUUAUGCAGUAUGCAUGCAUGUUUUCAUUGUAUUUACAUCUACUAAACGGUAAUUUAUUUAUUGUGUAAUUUGGCGUGUUCCUUUAACAGCAUCUGUCCCAAUCUAACGUAAACUUUUAAAUAUAAACUAACCAGCCAACACAGUUCUCAUUAGUAUUAGCCUUUACAAAUCUUAUGCAGAUUCUAGGGAUAAAGUCAGACAGCACAUAUACAAUGAUAGAUUAACUGUUAACAAAACACGUACAAACUCAAAAUUAACACAAGCUAUGUGUAUAUAUGGUAUUUUUUGACAUAUAUAUAUAAAAUCAUUUUUAUUUUUUCACGUCUUCAGAGAUUGACAGGAGCUGUAAUAAUUUAAAUCAUGUUUGUUUUCCAGGAGGCUGACAGAACCAAUUUUCCACUAUUAAUUUCCCUCUGUACCUUGCAGCAAACCUCAAAUAAAAAAAUAAAUAAACCAUAAAAUCACAAACAAAAUUCACUCUUCAGGUUACUUAGAUCAUGGCAAGGAGGAUCCUUUCCAAUACUUAUAUUGUGUUUGUGGUGCAGAGUCUUUGGAUGUUUUCCAGUUUGCCCUCCAUUCCCCACAAACAAACUAACCAACCAUCCAAACAAACAAGGCUACUCCUGCAGCCAAAACCUUGUACUCUAUGCUGCCAAAAGCUGGUGAUCCUUGGACUGCAGAGAUAAGCUGUCAGCUUUGGGCUAAGCUGUCCAAACUUACUGUAAGUGAAACUUACUGGCAAAGCUGAAGGACCAGGCUUUGGUUGCCAGAGAGAGACUUUUGUAUUUGUCUUAUUGCUCAUAAACAGUUUGUGAAAUAAUAGAAAAUAUGCAGAGGCUCGUUGCAGCAUAACCACUGCAAUAAGCCUUUGUGAUUGUGAUUCAGAAGAUUGCCAAUGCCAUAAAGCAGUAAUCCUAGCAAAGACCCUUUACUGCAUAUUAAAACAGAAAAACAUAUACAUGCAAACUACUGAACCUUUCAUAGACCACAAAGCUCAUGCAGAAUUCAGUGAACACAUUUUUUUUGAAGGUAACCAGUUCAUCACCCCUAUCACUCAGAACAAGUACACGUUCUAAGCCAUAAAGCAAAAGCUGCCUAGCUGUCAAUAAGUUAAAACUUAAUGCUGCAAUGUAGAAUGGCAAUUGUUAAGUAUGAGGUAAAGUAAAAGAGAUUGUGUAGUGAAUAGCACUUUUGGUGUCACAUAUCGUUAUGCAUUCUGAGACAGUGGCAUUCUGAGCUGACUAGUCUUGGAGUCCCUUUGUGGCAGGUCUUUUGACCUAUUGAUGUGCCUUUCUGGCCACUGCUAGUGGCGGACCACUGGUGAGUGCAUUAAUCACCUUAUCUUUUAUCAUUGUAUCUAACAGUUUUACACUGUCUUGUUUUAUGUUAGUUUUUAAGUGAUUAAAAGCUGGAAUAUCAUUUCCUAACUGGAGUAUUACCAGUAUUUUUCGGGAGACCGAUAACCAGUAUGUAUAUUAUCUCUUUGGUGAGCCUCACACAUGUAAUUGUAGCACACCACACUACUUAUUUUGCCUUUUGCAUUCUGAGAAGAAAGGUAUUGUAUGUUCACUAACCUGUGUUUGCCAAAACAUGUGUUCAUGUGGGGUAACAGGCUCUAUUUUGACCACAGUCUGUAAAUGCACACAUUGCGGACCCUCUGUAUCAAUGGACAAUGUCGCAUUCAUUGAAAACAUCUGGUGGCUCUCUGAACCGUGGGAUUCAGAUGCAUUUUACGGACUAAUAUCUCAGGAGCGCUGUGAGCUGGGUUACACUUGAUUUAUUCACUGGGUGCUCAUGGCUGUGUUUUGUGUUUCCAGGUUUGUUUAGCCUUCAAUCCUCAAAGCACACUGGUAGCAACUGGGAGUAUGGACACUACAGCAAGACUGUGGGACAUUCAGAGCGGAGAGGAAGUCCUCAACCUGACUGUGAGUUGGUGAUAUGUAAUAGAUAUGCUCUGGCUUGGAAUGGGUUAAGCGUGAUCCCUUUUUAUUCUUAUGAUGUAUUUUGCAGCAUAUAAUAGUAUAACAUUCUGUACACCAAAGCUGAUUUUAUUAGUCUUCGACACAGGAGCUUUCAUUAUAUACGAGCUCCAUUAAAAAAGGUAAAACAACUUCUCCAUUUAUCUUCUCCCCACAAGCACCUUUUUACGGUUCCAUUUUAUAGCCAUACAUGCGUCCUCCUCAGUCAGCCUGGAGGUGCUGGGAACAUCUAACAUCCAUUUGUACCCUAUCAAAGUAAUGGAGAAAUGUUUGUCUGAAUCUAACGUUGUAGAGAACUGUGUGUUCUUGGCUGCUGGAAGCUCACCAUUUCUGUCAAUGUAACAAUUGAGCUGUAAUACCAACCUUUCUUCAUUCCCGCUAGUUUAUUUUAAUCCUCCGGCUCACUUAGCUAUGCAGGUUUGAGAAUUCUGAAAUGUUACAUUAUCUUUACAGUAGAUUUCAUAAGAUAGCUGUCUGGAACGUACUGCAGAUUACAAUUUGUUAUCGAAACCAAUUUAUGUCUUUUGAAUGAUAAAUAUAUAUAAUUGAAGAUUAUACUAGCGUAGUGUACUAAUAAUUUUAAUAAUGACAGGAGGCUAGUAUUUUGCAUUAACUUUCUUUACUAACUCCAUAGCAGCAAAGAAAAACAGGUGAAAUAAAGAACCAAUCAGAACACAGAGUGUAAAUAAGUGAAAGCAUAUCCAGAGCACUUCCUCUUGACAAAUGCGACAUCACAAGUCCAUAACGGAUAACUUCGUACGAAAAUCCAACUUUAAACUUGAAAACGAUAAAGGAAACAAAUUCCACCCAUAGGCGCUGAUGACUAAGUAAACUGAAAGAAAAGAAUCCUGAUUCCUGCCCAGGAAUCCCACAGCAGAUCUUUAGUUGCUGACGAUAAGUCGUUGGUACACCAUGCACCCCUGUCCAGGUGACUAAAGACAGUCGUCCGUUCAGGAGCAUAGGAUGUGGGUUCCCCACUGGGUCCCGGAGGAGUGUUGGGUCGUCCGGCAGGAGAAUUGGAUCCUCGCAAGACAUGUCGAGGAGGUCUGGGAACCAGGGUUGGCUCGGCCAUAAAGGUGGCAGAAGGAGAAUCGUCACUUCUCCUCUCCGUAUUUGGUGGAGUACUCUCCAGCAAAGCUGGACUGAAAAACUCAAGAACACCGAGAGCCUCUUCAUGAUGGGAGUACAUCCACGGCUAACAACACCAACAAGAUGGCCGCCGUGGAUCUCGCGAGAGCCAGGGCUAAAAUGGUGUUAAAAACCCACAAAAUGCGUUCGCGGGAAAACAUACGAAAGUAAAAGGGAAUGUUAUUAGACGUGAACUGAGAAUUCCACGAAGGUCCGUUCGCGUAAAAUGACCGAAUGCUGUAUGUGAACGGGAAACCCUGUGAACUGCCAAUUCGUGUGCAAGCCACCGAACGCCAUGCACAAGAAUAGGCACGAAUGGGAAAAAAUACGUGCCUAAAUGCACGAAUCAACAGAAUUCCCUGCCCAAACGCACUGAAGUCAAUGCGAACGGUGCAGGAAAAAUUAGGAAAGUGGUGAAUGUAGCCACAGGGAAGGCAGGGAAUAGACCGUUUCAGGGAAAAGAGGGCCUGGGGAGAGAGGGGACAGAACCCCAAUAAGAGAAAGAAACAGCCCCACUAGAAAGGCGGAGAUGAAGGAUAGCCCCCUGUCCCCCCCACAGGAAAGUAAAAUAGUAAUCACAUACAAUAAGUACAGUUUAAAACCGAGGCAUAGAACAAGUUCUCUGACCUGACUUGUGAUGGAACAGCAAAGAAAGAGGAAGUACACUGGAUAUGCUUUCACUUAUAUACACACUCUGACUGUGUUCCUGUUUUUCUUUGCUGCUGUGGAGUUAGUAAAGAAAGUCAAUGCAAAAUAUGAAGCCGUCUGUCAUGUGGUAAAAUUGUAUCUUACAAUUUCCUGAACUCUUACUGCCUUAUUGUGCAAAAUAAUAAGAAAAUACAUUUGCAAACAUCAUGUGAAGGAUAAUAAUGAUUGAUCUCCCAAUUGUAUCUCUUUAAACAGCAAAAUAAUACCCACUGCUAAACUUCCUGUUAUAGCUGUAUUUUAUAUACAUAAAGGCUUAUAAAAUGCACCAAAAAUAAAUAUAAUAAAAACACACAUACACGCGCUCAUAUAUGCCACAGACUGGAAGCCAAGAUAUAGGCAACAUGUAAGGAAGUUAGUAAGCUGGAUAAACUUCACAGAGGUGGUGUAUUUCCUGGCUACUGAGGAAAUACAAGGGUAUACCCAUACCAGAGACACUGAAAUCAAGUAAGCAAAGACUGGCAACCAGACUGAGCAGAUACACUAGAGAAGCAGAGGCUAAGCGAAGUAAAUGCUCUGUUUACCAAAGAGUCAUCCAGGUGUAUGCACAGCUGCAGGGUAACCACAACAUAUCCAUCUAAGACCCCCACAAAGUGCACUGAGACUGAACAGUACUGGGAGAACAUCUGGUAGAAAGAAGCAUCACAUAUCUCCAAGGCCCAGUAUCUACUAGACCUGAAAGCAUACCACUGAAUGCUCCCAGAACAGGAACCAGUCACCAUCACUGUAGGAGAUAUCGAACAACGACUAGCCCACAGGAAGAGUUGGUCAGCCCAAGGACGUGACAUGAUCCACACCUACUGGAUAAAGAAACUAACAAUGCUACAUGAAUGCCUAGCAGCCCAGAUGAACCAGUUACUACCAACACUGUGACUGGCUAACACAAGGAAUUACAAUACUAGUCAUGAAAGACCCCCACAAGAGAACAACACCAUAUAACUGCCGUCCAAUCACCUGCCUCACCACAACAUGGAAGGCUUUGUCAGGCAUCAUAGCCCCCAAGACCGAUGAGAAUAUGAAUCCGUAAAUGAGCAAUACUUAAAAGGGGUUUGAAAACAACACCAUAGGAUCAAAACACCAACAGCUGGUAGACCAAGCCGUCACAAAGGAUUGUAAGACCAAACUGACCAAUCUGUGCACAGCCUGGAUUGACCACUACUACUGUUUGAAAAAUACAGGACUGAAAGACAGCGAUGAAGCACUAAUCCGAUCAACACAGGAACAGGCACUCAGCACCAGAUCAAUAGAAGGAGGGGUCUACAACACCAGGUAGACCCAGGUUACAGACUGUGCAAAGAGGCCUCUGAGACAAUAAAGCACAUAGUAGCCAGGUGCAAGAUGUUAGUAGGGGCAACAUACACUGAGAGACAGACAUGGUCAUUAAGUGAGGGACGAUUGAAAGAGAAACUUAUGGGAGGUAUAUAGUUUUCUCCUGCAAAAACUCCACGUGUUAAAACCCGUUUUUACUAUUAGCCCAAAACGUCAACAGAGAAUAAGUCAUAAAUAACUCCAUUAAACAUGUCUAUAUUCUUGUAAUUUUCUCCAAGUUGGAAAAAUGGAUUUCCUUGCUAAUUUAACUAAAAUAUGGUUAUUUUAGUAUUCACUUCAAGUUUAUAUAAUUGUGAAACAAAUGAUUUUAUUCAAUAUAAAGUGAGUUAUGGAUAGAUACUUGACAAGCUGCUAAAUUGCCAAUUUGCAGAAUGUAUUCUUUAAUUUUUUUUAAAAAUUUUUUUUGAUGAAUAACUCCCAAAAUGUAAUGCGUUUUUUUGGGUGGGAAUGAAAUGGCACGUUGUUAUCUUUGCUUUCUGUUAUGAUAUAUAUGGUUAAUAGGGUAAAACAGAGUGUUUGUUUGUUUGAAAUCAAAGGAUUAUCCUUCCAUAAAAAAUUUAACUGGAGAAUUACUUGAAGUGAGUAUUCGGAUUGAAUGAUUGCUCUGUUUCCCCCCCCCCAACAUGUUACAUUAGUCAAUAAAGGUCUGUAGGUUGCGAUAAAAUGUUUUUCAUAGUUCAGCAGUUUCUCCAUAUUGAUUAAUGUAAAGAUGAUUUUCGGUGACAGGUGCCGUUUAACUCCUAGGUUUGCUGUUUAUUUGCAGGGUCAUUCAGCUGAAAUAAUUUCAUUGUCAUUUAACACAACUGGGGACAGACUGAUUACAGGCUCCUUUGAUCACACCGUGGCUCUGUGGGACAUUCCCACUGGCAGGUAACAAUCUAUUAUUCACUUACCUUCUUCCUAUCCUAUGUUUUUCCUUUACUUAUCAUAUAUUUGAAUGAUAUGGGUUUUAUAAACCUCUGCAGAUGAAUCUAUACGAAAGUUAGAAAAUAGAGGAGUGUGUGCUAUAGCUCACUCAAAACAUGCUAUAUUUUUAGUAGAGUUUAGCAUUGCUCUAAAUGAUCUCUCCAUGGUCUGUAACAAGUCUAGGUUUUCCAGACCAUUCACAUAAGAGCCCAGUCCACAUACACAAUUUAAACAGUGAUGUUUUAAAUGUAUGUUAAAAGCAGGUAAUAAAUAAAGCAAUGCUACGAUGGUGCUGUAGUCGUAUGAUGACUGUGUCACUGAUUCAAUGAAACAAGACACAGCGUCUACAAACACAUUGCAAUGAUAAUGUAAGGAUUGAUGAGGAUUUAAGCAUCUUUUAGGGUUCAGGGUUUAAGGCUUUGGGUAACUUUAGAGAAGGUGUUUAGAGUUACAUGGCUGCGCGUGAUAGGAGUUACACACAUUAAAGGCAGGUACUGCUAAACUCUCUUAACCUAAUCUCUCCUAACCUUAUAGCCUGGGGUACUGUGCAUUGCUGAUCCAUAUUUCAUGCACUUGUUUAAUACUGCUGAGGCCAUACAAAUGCAUCAUCAUUCGAGUGUUUUCUUAUUACAUAUUCCAUGAUCCCUGACAGAUGAUUGCCUUAAAGAUAAUCAUGGGAAAUGUAGUCCAUUGCUGGCAGGGUUAGCCAUAACUGGUUUUGCUUGUGAGUGUGUAAAAAAAAAAAAAAAAAAAAAAAAAAAUCAUCUGCCAAACAGAAUUAAUUUAUAUAUGAAUACAAAGUAAACAUAUUUACUUAUAAUUAUCACCCUGUGCACAUCAACAUCGUAUGCAUCAAGCCAGCCUCACGCAUUAUGGUCCAUUUGUGGUUACUUAACUGGACAUCUUAUUAUAAUUCACAUAAAAUGUUGCCAGCGUCCUUAAUUAAUAGUGUGCACACAUCCACAAUCUUGUGAAUCUUACUCGCCUGAAUUUUAAUAAAUAUCUACAAACCUUUUUAAAUUUAAACUACUGUAAGCCACAGAAGUUUCUGUUUGAAGAAUAUUAGAUAAACACUCACAUUAAACUUAGUGGUUCACAUUCAGUAAAGAUUGCAGUUAAUAAUGCCUUUUUCAGGUAACUUGUGGUAUUCCAUGACCGUGUGCAGAUAAAACUUAUAAAAAUAUGAGAUAUUUUUUAUAGAAAAACAAUAACGCUAAUUCUGUUAAAUUUCAAACUUUUAUGUACGUAUUAAAAAGGUAAUGAUGACAAAAAUUGCUUUGAGUGCCUUCAGUUUUACGUUACAAGGCACAGAUGUCCUACGUCCUACACGGUGUCCAUUAUUAUUUAUAUUUAGGCCACUUGUAAGCAGUUAUGUGGUUACAAGAGUCUUCUUGACUGAUUAGUAUACUUAUUACAUCUCUGGCUAUAUAACUAUGGUUUGAAGGCUUCCAUUGGUACUCUGACACUGUAUGCUGGGUUGAUGUGAAAGUAGGCUUAGUUAUUAAACCUCUAGGCAUUAGCUAAUCAUGUUUCAAGCUGAUGAGCCUCACUACAGAUUAGUGUGGAAGUGGUUGGAAUGAAAAAACGUCUUGUAUUCAUGUUCUGCACUGUCUUAGUUUGACCUCACACUCCUAAAUAGGCUACUGGCCUAAAGUGGCAUAUGUUUGCUGUUUAUAUAAAGUGGGUAAAGAGCAGACUAGAUGCCGUAAGUCAUUGAUGGGUAACCUUCAGAAUUAAGAUGUUUUCCAACUACAAAACAUCUUCGGAAAAAUAGUUGGCAUACGUCUGGCGUGCCCAUCACAGAAAUAUGUGGUCCUUUAAAUUAUAUCACCAUAGCAUCCUUCCUGUCUGCUAGCUAUUCUUAAUUUAGAAUAUAAUACAAUGCUAUUAGCCAUUGGUGAGUGAAAAUGUUGACUUGGCGAGUACAAAUUCACCGCUUGUGAGUAUGUCAUGAACCCUCCAGGCUUGCAGUAGCUAGUGACUUUAAGGGCCUGGCUAGUAGUGUAGGAUUUGAUAUUGAAAUUGCUGUAUAUAGUAUUAAAUCUUGUCCAGAAUUCCUUUACUAAAACACAACUAGCACAAUACUGGAUCUGAUUGUCUUUCUUGCCUUUUUAAUAUUUCCGUUUUGUAUUUGUGCUAAGUGUUUACAUAACCCAUAAUGAUCAAUAUCAUUACUAUCCUUUCUGUUACUUCUAUCAACAUUGCUUUAAAGGGACACUAUAGUCACCAAAACAACUUUAGAUUAAUGGAACAGUUUUGGUGUAUAGAUCAUGCCCCUGCAGCCUCAGUGCUCAAUUCUCUGCCGUUUAGGAGUUAAAUCACUUUGUUUAUAAGCCCUAGUCACACCUCCCUGCAUGUGACUUGCACAGCCUUCCUAAACACUUCCUGUAAAGAGUCAUCUAAAGUUUAUCCUUUCUUAAUUGUUCUGUUUAAUUUAGAUUUUCUUAUUCCCUGCUAUGUUAAUAGAUUGAGCCUCUUGUAUUUGAUUAAAGUUCAAUUUACAGAGCAAAAGAUAAAAUUGUUUAAGGGCAAUUACAUCUGAUUGAAAGGGAAACCAUUUGUUUCAUGCAGGCUGUGUCAGAGUGAGGGGAGGUGUGCCAAUGGCUGCAUAAACAGAAACAAAGUGAUUUAACUCUUAAAUGGCAGUAAAUUGAGCAUUGAAACCUGAGAAACUGCUUCAUUAAGUUAAAGUUGUUUAGGUGACUAUAGUGUCCCUUUAAUGCAUUUACUUCAUGUGCUGCACCUGCUCAUUCAACAUAGUUUAUCAACUCUCAGGACAGUCACUGGCACUCGAGAAUUGGUCUUUUUGUUUGCGAUCUGUGCCCUUCAGGUGAAUACACAAAAACGGAUGUUUAUAAUAAAUCCUGUUCAUGUUUUUGUUUUUUUCCUCUACAGAAAAGUUCACACACUCAUAGGUCACCGUGGAGAAAUCAGUAGUGCACAGUUCAACUGGGACUGUUCUCUAAUUGCUACAGCAUCAAUGGAUAAAUCCUGCAGGGUAUGGUGAAAAAAAUGAAACUGCCUUUUCUGGAACAUAAUAUGUGAAUUCUCACAUUAUAUCUUUUAACAAAAUGAAUACGUUUUUUCAAAAUUAAGAUGUUUGAUUGUAGUAGAUGUGUAAAUGAGGUAAUCAUCACACUGUUGACAUUGAUUUUCAACAUAUAAUAUUGCAUAUAAAGCACGUAGAUUCCAUCUUAAAAACAAAGCCUGCAUCCGCCCCUUUCUUAUGCAAGAUGCUACCAAGGAGCUUAUCCAUGCUCUAGUAAUUUCCUGCAUGUAUUAUUGUAACCUUCUCCUGAUUGGUCUUCCCAAAAGCCGUAUUGCCCCGCUACAUUCUGUAAUGAAUUCUGCCGCCAGACUGAUUUUCCUCUCUAAUCGGUCCUCUUACAACUCACCCCUCUGUCAGUCCUUACAUUGGCUUACUUUAUCCUAUAGGAGUCAAUUGAAAGUGCUAAUCCAUACCUAUAAAGCACUGAAGAAUUCUAGCCCCUCUUAUAUCUCCUCACAGAUCCAUAAGUAUGCCCCUUCUCGGUCUCUCUGCUCUGCCCCUGACCUUUUCCUGUCCGCUGCUCUCACCCGUACGGCCAACUCAUGCUUGCAGGACUUCUUGCGGGUGGCUUCCUUCCUAUGGAAUAGCCUGCCUAUCGCCAUCAGACUCUCCCCUAGUCUUUAAUAAUUUAAGAAGUGCCUUAAAACCCAUCUCUUUAGGAAAGCUUAAGGCCUCCCAGAGUAACCUCUACUUUAUAUACAUGUCUCUUGCUCUCUCCUAAAGGCAACAUUCUACUCUCUCCUCCAGCUCUGCAUCACUUCCACCUUAUUUGAUUGCUAUUUCCUGUUCUAAUGUGUUUUAUACCCCACCUCCUAAAGACUGUAAGCUCGUUUGAGCAGGGUCCUCUUUAACCUAUAGUUCCUAUAAGGUUUAUUGUAAUUGUCCUACUUAUAGUUAAAUCCCCCCUCUCAUAAUAUUGUAAACGCUACAGAAUAUGUUGGCGCUAUAUAAAUGGCAAUAAUAAUAAUAAUGUAAUUUUAGUUGGAUGCGAUCUUGUGAAUUGCAGAGCAUGUAGCAAAUCAUGGAACAAGAUGAUCUUCACAAUGGAAUUUCCAACAAUCCAGUUCAAUCGGUUUUGGUAAUAGGAAUUUAAUUUAAAAGGACACUAUAGUCACUAUAACCAUUGUUAAAGGACCACUAUAGUGCCAGGAAAACAAACUUGUUUUCCUGGCUCUAUAGGGUCUUUGGGUCCCACUCCCGCCGGGCUCUAGGGGGAGGAAGGGGUUAAAGGCUUACCUUUCUCCUGCACCGGGUUCCCUCUGCGCUGGGGACUCGUCUCCCUCUUCCGACGUAAUCCACUGAAUGCGCAUGCGCGGCAAGAGCCGCGCGCGCAUUCAGUCAGUCUAUAGGAAAGCAUUUCCCAAUGCUUUCCUAUGGACGCUGGCGUCUUCUCACUGUGAAAAUCACAGUGAGAAGCGCGGAAGCGCCUCUAGUGGCUGUCAAUAAGACAGCCACUAGAGGCUGGAUUAACCCUAAUGUAAACAUAGCAGUUUCUCUAAAACUUAGCUACUUGAGAUGUGGCUAAGGCAAAUAGUACACAUUUGUAGUUAUACCUAUUCAUUCUGGCAAUGGGAACGCUGAUUGGCUAACAGUAGUCAGCUGACACUCUCUUCUAAUCAAAGCUGCCCAUUGCUUCUCAGGAUAAUACUUCCUAAUUAGCUCCUGUUUAGCAUUAAAACAUAAAGAUAAAAUAACAGUUUUAAUGCUGAAUGAAAGGACAGCACCAGGGGUCUCCAGACACUAUAACUUUUUCAAUGAGAUGAAGGAGAUACAGUGCCUACAGCGUUUUUUUUUAAUUUAAUCACUCUUGUAUUUAAUGGCUGAAUACCCUAUAAAAAGCUAAAAACAGUAAUGCGGCAUGCCUAGUACAUGCCUAGUUUUCCUCUUACAAAAGUUAGAUACUGCCAAUAGUUCAGAUGAUGUCAAGGUACCCAAUCUUAACUUUCUUGAUUGUUAACAGCACUGUCCAGUGGAAACAUAGAAACAUAGAAUGUGAUGGCAGAUUAGAACCAUUCGGCCCAUCUAGUCUGCCCAAUUUUCUAAAUACUUUCAUUAGUCCCUGGCCUUAUCUUGUAGCUAGGAUAGCCUUAUGUCUAUCCCACGCAUGCUUAAACUCCUUUACUGUGUUAACCUCUACCACUUCAGUUGGAAGGCUAUUCCAUGCAUUCACUACCCUCUCAGUAAAUUAAUACUUCCUGAUAUUAUUUUUAAACCUUUGCCCCUCUAAUUUAAGACUAUGUCCUCUUGUUGUGGUAGUUUUUCUUCUUUUAAAUAUGGUCUCCUCCUUUACGUUGUUGAUUCCCUUUAUGUAUUUAAACGUUUCUAUCAUAUCCCCCCUGUCUCAUCUUUCCUCCAAGCUAUACAUGUUAAGAUCCUUUAACCUUUCCUUGUAAGUUUAAUCCUGCAAUCCAUGAACCAGUUUAGUAUCCCUUCUCUGAACUCUCUCUAAAGUAUCAAUAUCCUUUUAGAGAUACGGUCUCCAGUACUGCGUACAAUACUCCAAGUGAGGUCUCACCAGUGUUCUGUACAAUGGCAUGAGCACUUCCCUCUUUCUACUUCUAAUACCUCUCCCUAUACAACCCAGCAUUCUGCUAGCAUUUCGUGCUGCUCUAUUACAUUGUCUGCCUGUCUUUAAGUCAUCAGAAAUAAUCACCCCUAAAUCCCUUUCCUCAGAUGCUGAGGUUAGGACUCUAUCAAAUAUUCUGUACUCUGCCCUUGGGUUUUUACAUCCAAGAUGCACAUAUCCACAUUAAAUAUCAGCUGCCACAACUUUGACCAUUUUUCUAGUUUACCUAAAUCAUUUGUUAUUUGGCUUAUCCCUUCUGGAACAUCAACCCUGUUACAUAUCUUAAUAUUAUCAGCAAUAUCAUAUCUUACCAUCAAGACCAUCUGCAAUAUCACCAAUAAAAAUAUUAAAGAGAAUGGGUCCAAGUACAGAUCCCCGAGGAACCCCACUGGUGACAAGCCCAAGCUUCGAAAAUACUCCAUUGACUACAACCCUCUGUUGCCUGUCACUCAGCCACUGCCUUAUCUAUUCAACAAUAUUGAAAUCCAAACUUAAAGAUUGCCGUUUAUUGAUAAGCCUUGUAUGUGCAACAGUGUCAAAAGCCUUACUGAAAUCUAGGUAAGCAAUGUCUACUGCACCACCCUGAUCUAUAAUUUUAGUUACUCAAUCAAAAAAAUCAAUAAGAUUAGUUUAGCAUGAUCUACCUGAAGUAAACGCAUGUUGUUUCUGAUCUUGAAAUUCAUGUGAUUUUAGAUGUGCAACAAUCCUAUCCUUUAACAUGGUUUGCAUUACUUUCCCCACUACUGAAGUAAGGCUUUCUGGCAUAUAGUUGCCCGUCUCCUCCCUACUACCUUUCUUGUGAAUGGGCACAACAUUCGCUAACUUCCAAUCUCUGGGACUACUCCUGUUCACAAUGAUUGGUUAAAUAAAUCUGUUAAUGGUUUUGCUAGUAUUCCACUAAGCUCUUUUAAUAACUUUGGGUGUAUUCCAUCAGGUCCCAUUGACUUAUUUGUCUUUACUUUUGACAGUUAAAAAAUAACCUCUUCCUCUGUAAACUCACAUGUAACAAAUGACUAAUUUAUUUUCAUCUGUAAAUACUGAACAAAAAUAUGCAUUGAGGCAGUCAGCUAGCCAUUAUCCUCUUCUACAUACCUUACUUCUUUUGUUUUUAAUCUAACUAAUCUUUGUUUUACUUUCCUUUUCUCAUUUAUGUUUCUAAAACAUGUUUUGUCCCCCUUUUUUACUAACUGUGGUAAUUUAUUUUAUGUGUGUGAUUUUGAAGCUCUUAUAACUUACUUAACCUCUUUCUGCCUAAUCUUAUAGAUCUGUCUAUCUUCCUCACUCUGUUUUUUAAUUUUUUUAAAAAUAAUUACUAAAUGCUAACGUUUUGUUUUUAACUAUUUUGGCCACAUCUGCGGAGUACCACAGUGGUUUCUUAAAUGUUUUGCUUUUACUGACAAGCCUAAUGCAAUUUUCUGUUGCCUUCAGCAGUGCAACUUUUAAAUAAUUCCACUUCUCUUGGACUCCAUUUAAACUGCUCCAGUCUGAUAAUGACGCAUAAUGACUCACAUAUUCUAAUUUUAGAAAAGUCUGUUUUUCUAAAGUCUAAAACUUUUGUUUUUGUGUGGUGUGAUAUUAUACUGUUCUGAUAUUAAACCACACUGACUGAUGAUCACUGGAUCCUAAACUUUCACCUACAGUAAUAUCUGAUCUCCAUUUGUUAACAUUAAAUCUAGUAUGGCCUCUUUACGAGUUUGCUCCUCAACAACUUGUUUUAGAGGCAAUCCCAGUAGGGACUUCAGAAUAUGUGUGCUCCUGGCACAAGCAGCUAUUUUAGUUUUCCAGUUCACAUCCGGGAGAUUAAAGUCACCCAUGAUGAUAACUUCACCACCCUUCAUUGUAAUUUUAGCCAUUUCCUCAACUAGUAGAUUAUCUAUCUCUUCUAUUUGUCCUGGGGUCCUAUAAAUCACAACUACACGAGUUACUGUGUGAUUACCAAAUUCUAAUGUAACCCAAAAGGACUCUAUGUUCACCUCACUAACUUUUUUAUAAGGCUAGAUUUUAUGCUAUCCUUCACAUACAGGGCAAACCAUCUUUUUUGUACAGUUUAUUUCCAUUCCAAACAGAGCUACCAUGAGAAAUAAAGCCAAAUCCUUGCUCUUGACACCAUUCACCAAGCCACAAGUCGAAGUCCCUAAUACGUAUCCGCCUGUCAUUCUGAGCGUUAUGCACAGGCAGUACUUCAGAGAAUGACAGUGUGGAAGCAACCUGCCGUAUAUCAUUGGCAAAAACACAAAAAAAACUUCCUUUACCUCUGAAACCUCAUUGCAAGCCAAGUCAUUUGUCCCUAGAUAGACAAGUACAUCCAAUUCCCCUUCCUGCUUUGCUCGCUUAACAAUAUUACAAAUACGAGAAACAAAAUGAGUACAGCUCACUAUGGUAUACUAGAGAAGAAGGGUAACAGUGGAAUCAAAAAAGGAAGUAGGAGCGUAGUAUACCAGUGUGGAGGUAUUGGGAGCACAUUUAAAGUACUGAGGAUGAUAAUACCAGUAUGAGGCUAGAGAGGGAUGAAAACAAAAAAUAAUUUAUUGAAACAAAUAUCAAUAUAAAAAAAGGGGGAAGAUAGACCCUAUAAUGUAAAUGGUAUAAAUCCAAUAUAUGCAGUAAAAGCAAACGAACUACCUAAGUAGUAAAUCGCAACCCACCAGUAAAAGUUGUGACCGAAGUUUCAUAGAAGUUGACUGUAUAUUGAACUUGCAGUGAAGCUUCUGUGUAAAAUGGAAAACUGAAGACACUGUCACAUAGGGAAUGUGACAGUGUCUUCAGUUUUCCAUUUUACACAGAAGCUUCACUGCAAGUUCAAUAUACAGUCAACUUCUAUGAAACUUCGGUCACAACUUUUACUGGUGGGUUGCGAUUUUUUUCACCACCCACGUGUACUUAAUUGAGCUUGCUAGUGUUAUAUUGCACAUCAGGACACUGUCUACUUAGGUAGUUCGUUUGCUUUUACUGCAUAUAUUGGAUUUAUACCAUUUACAUUAUAGGGUCUAUCUUCCCCCUUUUUUCCUCCCCCCCUCCCCUUCUCCAGUUCUCAGUAUAUCGUUAUUUUGGCUUAGCACAGAUGUGUGCUUCAACUGAAAAUUAUUAGAGGUGCAACUUUAGGAUUUUUUUAUCCCUUGGUUAUCAUACCACGUUUGUCAUUUAAUUAUUAUUUACUUUAGGUGUUACUUUAUUACUUUAUUUUUUGUGUGUUACACUUUGGGUGAUUGCCAAGUUUUCUGGCAAUUUUUAAAUAUUGAUAUUUGUUUCAAUAAAUUAUUUUUUGUUUUCAUCCCUCUCUAGCCUCAUACUGGUAUUAUCAUCCUCAGUACUUUAAAUGUGCUCCCAAUACCUCAACACUGGUAUACUACGCAUAUUACAAAUACGUCUCCUGUAUCUGUGAGCAGUAGCUCCGGAAGACAUCUCACAAGGCCACUAUUGUCCGGCUCCACACCUCUUAAGAUAGAAUCCCCCAACAACAACUGCUUUCUAUCAUGCUUUACCUUAUCCUUUUUGUCAUUGGCUGCAGUCUUGUUCAACUUUGACAUAGAACAUGGUGGUUCCACAAACUCUGUGCCUGAGCCUGUCUCCAUAACACCACUGCACUCUGUGCCUGAGCCUGUCUCCACAACACCACUACACUCGGUGCCUGAGCCUGUCUCCAUAACACCACAACACUCGGUGCCUGAGCCUGUCUCCACAACACCACUACCCUCAGUGCCCAAGCCUGUCUCCACAACACCACUACACUCUGUGCCUGAGCCUGUCUCCAUAACACCACUGAGCUUGUCUCCACAACACCACUGCACUCGGUGUCUGAGCCUGUCUCCACAACACCACUGCACUCGGUGUCUGAGCCUGUCUCCACAACACCACUGCACUCAGUGCCUGAGCCUGUCUCCACAACACCACUACACUCUGUCCCUGAGCCUGUCUCCACAACACCACUGCACUCAGUGCCUGAGCCUGUCUCCACAACACCACUACACUCAGUGCCUGAGCUUGUCUCCACAACACCACUGCACUCGGUGUCUGAGCCUGUCUCCACAACACCACUGCACUCGGUGUCUGAGCCUGUCUCCACAACACCACUGCACUCAGUGCCUGAGCCUGUCUCCACAACACCACUACACUCUGUCCCUGAGCCUGUCUCCACAACACCACUGCACUCAGUGCCUGAGCCUGUCUCCACAACACCACUACACUCAGUGCCUGAGCUUGUCUCCACAACACCACUGCACUCGGUGCCUUAAUCUAUGUAACAGUUUUAAAAUUGUUCAAAAUAAAGAAUUAAAAAAACGAUGUAGCAUGGUAAAUAUCCUUUUUCUGCUUUGAUUGUUGUGUCACUAUAGCUAUGAUAUUGCCUGGUAUCAAGCAGAAAUGGCAAUUCAUUUUGUCAGGACAAUGCGUGUUCAGUUUAACAUACAGCAGCUGAGUGCGAUUAUAGUGUGUGUGUGUGUGUGUGUGUGUAUAAUAAAUGUGUAAAGUAAGCCUAUUUUGUCUUUCUGUCUAUCUUUAUUGAUGCUAAUAUGUAUUCGUUGAAGGCAAUGCCUCUUCUGUCAUCAAACUGUUCACACUGUCUUAGAGGUAAUGGCACAGCUGUAAUAGCUCAGUGAGUGAGGGUUAAUGCUCAUUGUCUUGCUUUUUCUCGUUAGUGGCAGCUCUGCAGUUGCAAAUUGUAGCUAUAUAGUUUUAUUGACACAGCUGCUUUAGUGCAAACCUAGAAUAUUUUAUGCAUCCCAGAGUUAAUGGGAUGUUAGAAUGUGAAACGUGUAGGUAAAUUGCAAUUUGACUGUUUUCCUUGCAGUUAUGGGAUCCUCUAAAUGGGAAAUGUGUGGCCACGCUGACUGGGCAUGAAGAUGAGGUUCUCGAUGUAACCUUUGACUCUACUGGACAGUUGAUUGCAACAGCUUCAGCAGAUGGUAAGUGAAGCUUUAGAAUAGUUAGUAUUAACGAAACAUUAGGCAACCUAGACCUCCCUUUUGCCAAACCUUGUUUUAGGGGAAUGUUUGCUUUAAAGAGAUACUAACGGCACUAAAACAACUUAAGUUAAUGAAGCAUUUUUAUUACGUUACGUAAAGUUGUUUUGGUGCCAGGAGUCUCGCUGCUCAAUUCUCUGCUAUUUAGGAGUUAAAUCACUUUGUUUAUGCAGCUAUAGCCACACCUCCCUGCAUGUAACAUGCACAGCCUUCCUGUAGAAGCUAGUAUUCAUCUGGAAUAGCUUUCAAAACAUCUGUGGCAGGGAUGGGCUAAAGGUACAUCCCAGGAUGUUGUAAAAUUGAUUCUGCCAUGAUGCAGUGCCAGUCUUUAGAAUCUAAUUUUUGGCCAACCAGAACUAUGGUGCAUAACCAUGGCACACCAUGUGACUCUUUUCCAGUGCCUGCUUGGGGUUGUUCAUAUUUGCUGCAGUGCAAUAAAGUUUAUUGAAAUUGUUCAUUGACCAUCUUAUGUUGUACCUUGAAAGGUCUUUAGCCACCUUGCUACACCUGACAAGCACUGUGGCAGAAAUAUUGUUCGACUUAGAGGGGGUCAUUCUAGAUGGUGCUUAUAGUGGUAACGGUGGUAGAAAUAAUAAUAACUCUGAUUUUGUUUAAGGCACCCAUUUCUGUGUAGUAAAAUUUGAAAAUGACCCCAUGCAGCUGCAUGUGACUCAUGUCAGAUCUGGAUGGGUUUUAGCUUCAGCACUUUCUCCAGAGGAAGUCAUUUGUUUUCGUCCAAUGCUAGUUAGCAUUUCUCCCCAUUUGGCCCCAUCUCCCAAAAUUUUUUUUCUUUUUUUUUUUUCCUGACUGAUCAUGUCUGAAGAAUGAAUGAUGAGAGUAUAUACAAUAAUCAUAGCCAAGGUACACAGAAUAAUCACAAUUUACAUGAAGGAUGUACAGAAUCUUUUUUUAGAUUGUAAAUAUAUGGAUUUUUAGCAGGUUAUCUUUGUGAUCAAUCCUUUUUCUCCUGCCAAUUGAUGCGUGGCAGAUUUAUUACAAAAAAAUCCACAAAACAGAUAUGUGAUUUUGUGUGACGGCCUAUAAAAUCAUAUGUUCACUGAGGCGCAACUAGAAUAUUUUAGUGAUUGCAGAAAUUAAAAAUAGCUUUCCUUUAUUAGAUGAUUUUGUCAUUGAAAGACCACUGACAGAUAUGUCAUAUUUUAGACUGUAAAAACCUGAUGCAAUGAGUUAGCUAAGCACAGCGUGAGAAUGUACCAGCAGUGAAGAGGUUAACACUUUGCUGUCAUCAGAUAUGUGCACGUAUUAUUAGCCAUUAUUUAGCACUUUUUACAAGUCAAUGAGAUGAAUGAUAAUUUCCCAACUCAAUUCUUUCUUUAGUAAGGAAGAAGUUUUGCAUUUGAAAUCAGUGUGUAAUACACAGACUACCUAUGAUACGCGCCAAUCUUUCUUGGCGAUGGUCUGUCACGCAGUUACAACAUCAAUACUAAGUUCCUGUUCAUUUCAACAUCAUUUUUCCCUUCAUUUUUGCCACCUGCAAUUGAAAUAUAUUUUCAUAAGAAAUUAGAAUUGUCUCAAUUGCUGCUAUUCUUGCCUAAAGUUUGCAGUUCCUCGUCCCCUGGUCCAUUCUUCACAGUGUCGAGUUUGGUGCAUUUAAUGUCCACUUUAUUAGUUUAACAAAGCACCGUGGGAACAUAUCAAUCAAUGCAGAUAUAUUUUGAAUUGUGCUUUCCAUGACGUUCUGUCACCAAUAUAACUUACAAAUAUUCUAGGUCCUCUGUAAACUUCAGACGCAAUAUAUAUUUGCCUAUGGAAUUACUGAGCAACAUGGAAAUUGUUAUUCACAACCAUCAGGCUUUGGUUUUAGUUGAUGUGCGAAACUCUAUUUAAUUUGAAACAUGUAUCAGCCGUGGGAGGCUACAAACCAUGUCCAUGGACCGCGAUCAGCCACAAUCUUUUUCUGUGAGUGGGCGCGGUCAUUUACUGUCCAGUGUGGGAAGGAAAGGCCUGACCGACAUGGGAGUAUGUGUUUCAUGUAUCUAUGCAGGGAUGUAAAUUGAUGCUGCCUGCUGUGAAAUGAUUGAAUGGUGCCAUGAUAUUUUCUGUAGGGCAGCCUCUCCGUUAUGUUUUGAUGUUCAUUUGAUGUGUAUCAUUUGUAUGCAGCCAGCCCAGUAAUGUAACAUUUUCAUCCUCUCUGCAGUUGUCUGCUGCUUUGGGAGUCACAUAUGCAGAUGAUCAUUACACAGAGACAUGAAACACUUUGACAAUUGUUGGGGCAGCAAACCAUCACAUCAAUUCAAUUUUAUUAUCCUUUAUCUAUGAUUAAGGAUCAUUUUUAUCCUGUUAUUAGAUAAUGAAAAGGACAUUUUCUGCUUUUUGUUUUUGUUCUGUCAGGGUUUUUAAAUUCUAUAUGUGUAAAAUCAUGUUGUAGCAAAAAAUGAUUUCCUUUAAAAAAUAAUUAUCAGACUCCAUGCCUUUCAGGGGAUAAUGCUGAGAUAUCCUGAUGUUAAAUAUCCAUGCUGUCCAGCUUUACGAAAGAACAGAAAUAUAGCAAUGACAGCACACCGUUGGCCCUGCAAAUAUAAUGCACUGCAUUUCCCAUGAUGCUUGGUAAACUGUGUGGGAAAUAUACUCCACAACAGCUGCAGCACCAAAGUUAGCCAUCACUGCCAUAUAGAAUUCAGUCAUAUCCUGGUGUAAUUAGGCAAUAGUAAAUGAUGAAACCAUAUAUUAUAUCCUAUGAUUUUUACAAGUAGGCAGAGCCUGACAGAUAACAAUACUUUGCAUGUUGAAUCCAGCCUCUGGGCAAUCAGAUGGACAUCUCAGCCGUUUUCUGUAUCCUUCAGAAUUCAGAUUGUCAAGAGAAAAGUAUCAUACGGCUAUGAACCUUGUAAUGCAUAAACAAAAGAAGGCCAUGCUAACACCUUUUAUAUCUGUGUUCUGCAGGAACUGCUAGAGUGUACAGUGCAUCCAGUAAGAAAUGUCUGGCAAAGCUCGAGGGACACGAAGGAGAGAUUUCUAAGGUGAGUUUCUAUCUACUCUCUAGAAUCCUGUACCUUUCUUUGUAUGUGCUGCAGGAAAGCAUGAUGGCCACAAGGAGAAUUCUAAAUGCGUUUUCAGGUUUAUACAUAAUAUCCAGUAUUCUAUUGUAUUAAAGCAAUUGUUAUGGGUACAUCAGUCAAAAUGUUACAUUUUGACAAAAGACCAUGAUAAAAAAAACAGGGUGUGCAUAUUUUUAGAUAUUGCAUGGAAUAAUUUGGGGUGAGGGAGGCUUAAAUAUCAGGGAGAGGGAGAACAUGAAGUAUAGGUGCUUGUCGCUGUGACAUGUGGCUGUGACCAAGGGCAGAUGAGGUUGAUGAACAUGAUUUGUAGACUACAAUUUCCAAGAAGCUUUGCUUCUUGUUGGCUACACCUGAUAUCCUGGAUUCAUCUCCAUGAUGUAUAGUGAUAAAACAGAAGUGUUUAAUACCAUUAUUACAGAACUAGCUAUGUAUACAGCUCCCAGCAGAUAGCCAGUAGAGGAAAUGAAGAACAACUGAGAGUCAUCCAGUGAAUGCUCAUCAACGUUCAUUUCUAUCACCGUGUACCACUUUUAAAUUAGUCAAAGAUUUUGGUUGCCAUUACAGUUUUUCCAUGAUUUCUACAAAUCAUAAUGAUAUCAAAGCAUUAAAACAUGAAGAUAUAUUUAUCUCUUUGCUUGGUUUGAGAAUAUGCUCCAUGCACCUAAGUUCACCCUUUCAAUGAUAUACGCUGCAGCUUGUCUAAUUGCCACAUUCAAAACUUCCUGCAUCUUAAAUGUGUUUACCUCUACAGAACUUUAAAUCCAUAAACAAUGACCAACUAUUCUGUAGAGCAUAGAUCCCCAACCUGAGCUGCUUCUAGUCAAGCCAGUAAAUAUUUUAAUGCCGGUUAAAUCUCAGAAAUAAACAGUAGUGGUUCCUAACCUUUUUUGACAGGAUCCCAAAUUAUUUACAUGAUAUUAGUUUGGCAAACUAUUUUAAAAUUACAUUAGAGACCUAUUCUUCAGCUGUUAUGUGAUAUAGAGCUACAUUAAUUUUCAUAAACAUUUCCAUUAGUCUUUUCAGCAACAAAACAGUCUCUCUUGCACUCAAAAAUACAACGCGGUUGCUGAUGAGUAAGAUAUGCUUGUUGCAACCUAUUGUGGGUCACCGAAAUGGCAUAGGGACUCAACUUUCAGUCUGACCCAGUAGUUAUAUACCAUUGCACUAAUGUAACAUUCAAAUCUGUGAUUGAGAUGUUUGGCAUUUCAGUUUAUGGACAGCAUUUGCUUAUCGUUGCUUGUUAAGUCCAUUAUCAUGUUGAGAUUGUAUAUAUGCCUAUGAGCAAGAAUGUAUACAAAUAAUAUGAGGCAUAUCCUUGCACAGUUACUGAACCGUGAUCAUAGCCAUCAAUUAUUCAGACUGACUUCUGGCUCCCCAUCGCAUUAGUACACAGUGCGUAUGUCUGUGUGAUCAGCCUACAGCUUGUAGGAACAUUUGUAAAUGUAUGUCUACAAGGUGUUAUGGGCAAAUGCAAAUAUUACAAGUUUUAGAAUGAAAUGUUGUAUUUCUUAAACUGUGUACUUUGUCUUUAAGAGAUAUUGCAAACUGACAAGGUGUUAGAAAUGGAACAUAUUGUUUUUCAUAACUGUUUCUUUAAGCAAUAACCUCAGUGCAUAAUAUGUUUGCGCCAUUUUGUCCCAGACGAAUUACAAUAACAAUAAUGCAUAAACAAGCUUCAAGCCUAUACUACGACACUUGCAGUACACAAUAUACUGUGGUAACCCCAAGUUAAUGGAACUUCCCCAAAUCCUGGAAUCUCCCACUACUGUACACUUACGACUUAGUAUAAACAACAGAUAACCUAUUCAGACUUUAAGAUGCCAUCUUGAACUAAGUCAGGAAAAUUUCCAUGACGUUUGCACCCUUUAGUUAUGGCCUUGUAUGUUUGCCAAAUUAAGGGAGGUCCUAAAAUGAAUAAAGUAAAUGAACUACGGCAACCCUAAACUGGAGACACCUAAGGUAUAAAUAGGUGUACUUUUAAAUGUUAACACACAGAGGAGAGACUUGGAGACAGACGCUGCUCCAUCUUAAAAUGACAGAGAGGCUGACAUGAUGACAUGUUCAGAAGGGUAUGUUAACCUAUUAAUGAUAUUUGCAAGCAUGUAAUUUAAUCUUAUAAACUCUGCUAUAAUGGAUUUUAUAUAAUAAAUAUCCAAAAAAGACAAAACUAUUGCUUCCAAGACAAUCCUUAUUUUAUAUUGUAUUCUCAAUUAUUUAUAUAUGUUAAAUAGAGGAUCUCUUACACUAUAUAAAAUUAUGGCUAAGAUAUCUGUAUGGUUAGCCCUACUAAGUUCUAUGCUUUAAGACAUUAUAGUGGUAAAUAAGGGAACCACAUGCGGUUACAAAGGCUUGCUGGAUAUAAGUGCUACCCCGACUGUUACUUGAAAAAUAACUGGUGCCCAGCUUAUGCUAUGUAAGAAAUCAGUAGAAUUUCGCUUAAAGUUAUUUUUUUGUUUUGUAAUUGAAAGGUGUGUGUGUGUGUUUUAAGUAUACUAAGUUAUGAGUUUCUUCCUGAAAGCUGUGUAAAGUCCCACAUAGCCAGAACAACCACUGCCUGAAAUUGAACUGUUUAAUUAAAGUAGCACCAGGCUGGGAUAUGUAUUACGGAUGGUCCUUACACUCAGUCUUAAUAUGCUCAAAAUGUUGCUGGGAGCCAGUCCCUGAGGCACAAAUAAGUAUACAAAAAGAUGGGGCUGCCCUCACGGUCUUCAGGUAAAAUACUUCUUCAUUUAAAUCAACAUUCCAGGGUGAUCGACGUUUCAGUCCCCUGCUGGGAUUUUCUUCAGGAUCAAAAUAACUUGUUAUUCAGAACGUAAUUUUUUUUUGUGUGUGUGUGUGUGUGUGUAUGUAUGUGACAAUAAAUCUUCUGUUUAUUACAAGGUGUAUAAAUUGCAUUAACAGUCUAGGAUCACUGUGAGUUGCUGUUAGAAGCCGAAUGCCACUUUAUGGUUCAUAUUAAAAUAGAAAAUGUCAUGCGCCUUAAAAUCUUUGCAGGUUUAUCAACCAUGCUUUUUUUAAAAUUUCUUUUCACUUUUGAUUAUAUUUCUAUUACAAAGAUUUCAUUGUAUUUAAUGAGAUUCUUCUUUUCAAGCUAGAGAGCAAAAUCUUUUAUGACACAACUUCUAAUUUAGCUUGAAAUAUUUUCUUGAUUGAACAUACUAUUGCCUCACAGAUGACACACAAAUGAGAGGUAAACAUACAGAUGUAUAUGGUGUAAGGCACAAAUACAUACUUUCUCUAUUGCCAUCCCCACCAGUCACACGUGUGACUCUCUGUUGAACUAGAUUUCCAAUUUUGCUAAAUCACUAUUAAAGCCCCCAAGGCCUCAUAAGAAUUGUAGGUCUGCAGUAGUCUUAGUGUUUCGUAUUGGACUCAGUCUGCUUAUAUUUUUAAAACAUAAUACAGAUUAAGGAACUUUGCACUCAUAAAAUACAUUUCUAAAUUCUACAAGCUACUUAAAAUCUUAGCAAACAAAUAUGGGCAUUCAGCUUCACCAUAUGGCCAUAUUGUGUUAAAGGGACACUUUAGGCACCCAGCCCACUUCAGCUCUUCGAAGUGGUCUGGAUGCAGUGUCCCUAUUGCACCUAGUGCUGGAAUGUUAAACAUUGCAGUUCUAGAGAAACUAAGUCUGUCUCCAGUGGCUGUCUACCAGACUUUUGGUCUGGUAAAUGAACGUGGAUGUCCCUGGAUGAUAAGGGUAAAAAAAAAUCCCCCACCCCACUUGCAAAUAUGAUAGGUACUCAACUGUUACAGGAGAUAUCCAUAGGCUAGCUAAGAUAAUUCCUACACUAGAUGAUACGAAUCAGCAGCUACUGAUUGAUUCCAUUCUUUAGGGAUAGUGGCUAUGGGUUUGUAUGCCUUGUGACUGUGCAUAAUCAGUGGUACUCUGUUAUAGAGUGACCUGUUGAAGGUAGCAGGGUCAUGCUAAUUCAACUUGUUACCAUGUGUAUUUGCCACUUAGUAGGUUCAUUUAAUAAGAUAAAGGUUGUUGAUUUAGGGAUAAGGCAUUUGUCUGAGUGCAUUAAUAACAAUGUACCCAUGUGUUCCAGGCUGUCUACUGAUGUCUACUGAUAUACAUAACCCAGUAAUCUUCUCCCUCUGCUUCCAGAUAUGCUUCAAUCCUCAGGGGACCCGUAUAUUAACAGGCAGUUCGGAUAAGACCGCACGGCUCUGGGAUCCCACCACAGGGCAGUGUGUGCAGGUGCUGGAGGGACACACAGAUGAGAUUUUCUCUUGUGCAUUCAACUAUGAGGGAAACACAAUAAUUACAGGUAAAUCAUUCUCCUGGGCAUGGAAAUAUUGCUUGGCAUGUCUGGACACGUGCAGCUUUUCAUCAUACAGUAUGUGUGAGAGCUGCACUUAGUUACUGGGCUAUUUCGGCUUCAAAGAAAACUCCUAGGGUUUUUUUAUUUUUUAUAAACACGAGUAUUAACCACAUAUAUUCACUUUCUGUAAUGUAGUUAACUUAUCCAACAGUAAUCUUCUUUAGUGUUUACGGAACCCAGCUUUUAGGCAUUUAAAUGCAUAGCAGAGAUCAUAAAAUAGUAUUGGGUGACACAGAGGCACACUGCGGUACACACAAUUCCACUGAUUAGAGGCAAUAAAAUUCCUUUCUUAGUAAUUAUUUUUGUCUUGUGUUAUUUUCUUUAUAUUUAAUGUCUAAUAAUCUGUCUAUGUAGCACAUGUUGAUUAACUCUUUAUUUGUCCCACUUUGUAGUUUUUUUUGUCUUUUAAUGAGAAGCAUUAACAGUGUUUUGCGUUAUCAUGCUGUGUGCGAUGAUGCCAAACUUGAACACUGGUUUUUGAAGGUCUUAAAGGAGUCCUGUCACCCCAAAUUAAAAAAAUAAAAUAAAAUAUUAACCCUUUUAAAGUAUUGAAAUGAAAUCGAUUUAAAAAAAAUCAAGUAUAUGUAAAAAAAACAAGACUUAUCCCUACCUUCAGUAAUUUAGGAUCAAACAGUGUUUGAAAACCAACUGUUCGUCUCUAUGGUAUUCCCUGCACAGAAACAGAGAAAACUAUAAAGACUAACAGUUGGUUUUCAGGUGCACAUGUAUGGCUGAAUGAUGCUGUCAUAUACUAAAGGAAGGGAGUAGUUUUUCCAUUUUUUUCCCCCCCAUUUUCUUUACAUAUACUUCAUUUAAUAAAAAAAUCUAUUUUCUUUCAGAACUUGGUGAAAAUAUCAUUACAUUAAAAAAUAGUGUUGAGGUGACAGUCGUUCCUUAAUAAUUACAGGGCUGUAUUCUGGCAAACAUCAACAUUUCCUUUUCUCGUAAACAGCAAUGUUUUACAUUGACACAGAAGAGGAGACUAUACAUUAAAACCACUUCAUUAAGAUGUAAUGGUUUUGGUGUUUAGAGUAUCUCUUUAAUGAGUCAUUACUGUGUGUUAAUAGAUCACAUUGUCUGUCUGAUACUAUUAUACUGUCUGAUCAUAUCUUUUACAUGUAUUUGUGGUAUAGGCUCUUUGCAAGCCAUCAUGUUAUAUUUACACAUAUUCAAUCAACUACUUAUUCUUUAUAACCUCCAAUGCAUGUUGUGUGUCUGUAGGCAUAAACUGAUCUAAAAGCAAAAGCUGAUCCUCCCUUUAUUUCUCUUUUCCAGGAAGCAAGGACAACACUUGUAGAAUAUGGCGGUAACUGGAAGACCUGCAAUUUCCUAAAAAAUAAAAUGAACCAAACUGAUUGGGAUUCAUGUUAAACAGCAUUACUCCAGCACUCAGUAACAAGUGUACGUGAUGUCCUCUACAUGUCAUUUACUACCACCAUGAAUUAGUAUUAGUAGAUAGGUUUAGUACUAACUCGUUAACUGGAAUUAGAUUUCUGACUGUAGAAUGAUUAGGAUGUACUUGCACAGUUCAUUGUGUGCCUUGUAUUUUUUUUAUAUUUUAAUAAAUGUUUUUCAUCAAAACAAUGUGCCUUCAAAAAACAGAAUGAAAGUCCUUGUGGUUUAUGAACAGUAAAAAAAAAAUGAUUAUACAGAGUAAAAAACUGAUAACAUUGGUCAGUAUUAAUUAUGGUAUCCUCUACAAAGAUGCAUGGCAUUGAACUGCCCGUUUGUAAUGUUCAAUGUGCACAGCUGUUUAUUUAAAG